GUGUGUGCCCAGGUGCACACAACCAAUAUAACGAGGGGCUGGUGAGAGCAGAAGGUGAAGGAUGGUGGAGAGUGAACAGCUUGCUACUGCAGGGUGUAGACAGACCUGGUGUAGAGUCUGGAAAGCAGUCUGCCCUGUGGGAGACCACGGCCCAUGUAAAGGGGAUUCUUUGCCCAGGGUCUGGGAAAGGCUGGUCAGCCUUGAGAGUCAGGGAGACUGAGAAAGCCAGUGAGUCCAGGGGGCUAAAAAGAAUCGUGAAAUCUGUUGAGAGCAAGCAGAGGAACUGUUGACAAGGGAGCCAUUUGGCUUGGUGUUGUCACAGACAUGUAUCUAAUGGAUCCAAUCACAAUCAUCCUCUUCAUUGUUACCUGUGUUUUUCUGGCAAUUGUUCUAUAUGGACAGAAGCAAAAUGUUCAUAAAAACUACCCCCCGGGACCUCCUACUUUUCCACUCAUUGGAAAUAUGCACAUUAUAAGCAUGGAAAAACCUUAUGUGACAUUUCACGAGCUUGCUGAGAAGUACGGCUCAGUGUACAGCCUACAGAUAGGGACACAGAAGAUGGUUGUGCUACAUGGCUACGAGACGGUAAAAGAUGCUCUGGUCAACCAUGCUGAGGAGUUUGCUGGGAGACCCAAUCUCCCAGUUUUUCUAGACCUUGCCAAGGAACAUGGUAUUAUAUUUUCUAAUGGUAAUAACUGGAAAGUCAUGAAACGAUUCGCUCUGUCCACAUUGCGAGAAUUGGGGAUGGGGAAGAAAACAAUAGAAGAUAAGAUCACGGAAGAGUGCAAAAAUUUGGUAAAAAUCUUUAAAACUUACAAAGGAGCACCAUUCGAAAACUCUGCGAUCAUAAAUGCUGCUGUAGCCAAUAUCAUUGUUUCUAUCCUAAUGGGCCAUCGCUUUGAUUAUGAUGAUCCAAAACUUCAGAGGCUUUUGACAAUCAUCAACGAUAACAUCAGAAUCGUCGGAAGCCCAAUGGUUUUUCUGUAUAAUGCAUUUCCAUCUCUUGUGCGUUGGCUACCUGGGAGUCACAGAAAAGUCGUGCCUCACAUAGAAGAACUGCAUGCCUUUAUCAGAGAAACCUUCACUAACCAGAGGAACCAGCUGGAUGUCAAUGACCUGAGAAAUGUUGUUGAUGUCUUCCUUGUCAGACAAAAGGAGGAAAAGCCAAAUCCAGAGUUAUAUUUCAGUGAUGCAAAUCUGACAUCUCUUAUCUCUGACUUGUUUGCUGCUGGAAUGGACACAACCUCUGCCACUCUCCAAUGGAGCCUUCUGUUAAUGAUGAAGUACCCAGAAAUCCAAAAAAAUGUCCAGACUGAAAUUGAAAAAGUCAUUGGUUCAGGAGAACCUCGGGCGAUGCAUAGAAAACAGAUGUCAUAUACUGAUGCCGUCAUCCAUGAAAUCCAAAGGUUUAGUAACAUUGUGCCAACAAACAUUCCACAUGCCACUACUCAAGAUGUAACUUUCAAAGGAUUCUUUAUACCCAAAGAUACUCAAGUGAUUCCAUUACUGUAUUCCGUCCUAAGAGACAAAGAGCACUUUGAGAAGCCAGAAGAGUUUUACCCUCAGCACUUUCUGGACUCGGAAGGAAACUUUGUUAAGAAUGAAGCUUUUAUACCAUUUUCUGCAGGUAAGAGAAGUUGUGCUGGGGAGAUCUUGGCUAAAAUGGAGCUGUUUCUUUUCUUUACCACAUUGCUGCAAAACUUCACCUUCCAGGCACCACCAGGAGCAGAACUGGACCUUGCAGGCGCUGUUGGUUUUACAACCCAUCCACUGAAGCAUGAGAUCUGUGCAAUUACUCGCAGUUAACACAAACUGGCAAUAAAUAUAGGAUUAAGGAUCGGAAUGGUCAAAAUAAUCCCAUGUACAUCUGUAAAACUGAACAAGAUAAAGAAAAUGAACUAUGAAGAUGAAUAAUAACAGCUAAUGGUUAAUAAAUCAGUCAGCCAGAAAUAUUUUAACAAGUUUGUAUUGGAUUUAAAUGAUACAGGACUAAUACAGGGCAAUAAGUUCUAAAGACUAAUGUACAUUGACUAUAAAGUUUAUAAACCAUCCCUGGCCCUCCUGAACUAUACUAUACUAGAAAUGUUCUACUCCAGCUGCCUACUCACCCUAAGAAGACAGCACUGUUGCCUGCUUCUGCUGUGAUCAUGGACUCUUCUCACAAUGUUUAUGCAUAUUCCUUUUUUUUAAAUCUGUUUAUUCCAAAUGACAGAGCAUUCAAAUUGCAGUAUAACAAGCAAACAUUCAUACAAAACAUCAGUUCUGUACAAGAAAUGCAGCAGUGGUGCAAUAAACGGUAUUAAAAAAUCAACACAA